UGUUUUUGAAGUUUUUUCUUCAUUUUCUAAUAAAAUUUUGAUGGUGAUACCAAAUGAUUCUCCAAGUUUUCCACUCCUAUCUCAUUAGGAGUUGGAGAUGAAAUUUUCAAAUGAAGUGAUGAAAAGUAUACCUUUUAUGGAGUUUGAGCAAGGUAUGCAAAGGAGAAAAUUGCAAGCGAUGCUAUUAUUCUUGGUGACACCUUCUUGUGGCAAUGUGACAAAGCGGUAUUCCCAUGAUUGCAGUUGGGAGAUAUACCUCUCAAAUGGGGUUUAACUUGUUAGUUCAACCUAUUGGUUCGUUCAUUGUAUUUUCUUUUUAACCAAAUUUUAUCAAGUCUCGAACUUACUAAUAUGUGGUAGAAAGAAUAUCAAACGCACUGUUACAAUUUACAAAUCUUCUUUUACUCAUUAAAGUUUGCAAUCCAGUGUAAACCAGUAGAUUAUUUUAUAGAUUGAGACCUUGGCCAAGAUUAUAUCUUAAUAACUUCAACUUAACUUCUAAAUGGUGGUCUGGUUUUUUUUUUUUUCUUCUUCUUCUUCUUAGUAUAUAAAUUGUGGUUUACUCAAUGUACAUUUGUUCCAAUCUAAUUGCAUAUAAUUUUUGUAGAUUCAAGUUGGUGAUGUCAAGUUUAAAAAUUCAGAUGUUAAGAUAAGUGAGAAACUGUUUAGAGUACAAGAGGGUUAUCUCCUUUGUAUGUUGCACGGACAAUGGUGGGGUGUAUAAACAAGCGAGAAAAAGGUGUUGUUUAAGGUUUUAACCAAUUCUUUUCUAUUGUCCUACUUGUUCUUCUCUUUCUAUUCACCACUACAUUGAAAUUUAUUGGAAACACUGUGCGUGUUGAGUUUUAAAAAGAAAGGAAAUAAAUCUUAUUCAAAGCA